GUCCCGCCCACAUUCAUGACGCAGCUAGUGAAACAUGGCAGAUUCCACCGAUGACAAGCAGAAAAUAUCAGCGCUUCUCGCUGACAUUUUGAAUGAGAAACAGAGCUCUGAACACUUGCAGGUGUUGAAGACGUUUACAAGUGCGUUGAAAGAUGCAGAAUACAGGGAUGCCGUGGGGGAGGACGUUUUCUCUGAUCUCCUCAAGGUCCUCACCAGGCUGUUUGAAGGCCUGCAGAGUGCGAGCGAAAGCGGCGAUGACGACGCGCGGCCCUCUGCCCUGCAGCUCCAGCUCGCGGCUGAGUGCUUCAGGUCCCAGAGGAACUCCUGCGUUCAAAGCCCACGCAACCAGAAACUGCUCAGGGAGCUUGGAUUCAUUGGUAUAUCCCUUAAACUCCUAAGUUUUCUUCAGACCCUAAAUUUGGAGACCAAAGACGCCUUAUAUGAACCUCUUCGCUGUGGGAUCCAGUUUCUUGGAAACCUCGCUGUCGGAAACCAGAUGAGCAAGGACGAAGUCUGGCGGCUCAGCUUCCCUGACGUCCUCCUGCAGCUGCUCUGUAUUGACGAUGAGAAGGUGGUGAACUACACCUCUAUGGUUCUCCACACUUGUCUGGAUGAGGCCAAAGUGGAGGAUCUGUCAAAACCGCAGAACAUCAAGCUGGCUCUCAAAGUGAUGGAGCUGUGCAGGACCCAGCCUGACCUGGACUGGACUGUCCUGAUGGCAACUCAGCAUUUUCUCAAAUCUUCAGCUCUGGUGGAAAGCAUGUACUCUGGGAUGUCCCAUCACGACAGAGUAACUCUCUUGGAGCUGCUGUUGGCCCAGUUAAGAGAAGAGGGUUCAGAAGGCUGUGGCAUUCCCCCCAGUGUGGCCCAUUUACUGGCCAGUUCCUUCCAGAAAGGUUGCGGGGCGGUACUCACGCUCGCGACGGGUUCUGCUUCCAGCAACGAGGUCCUGCAGGAGGCGCUAACAGUGAUAAGUCUGCUGGACGUGCUGUGUGAGAUGACCUCAGACCACAAGCAGUUCAUGUUCCUGCAGGACCAUCCCGAUCUUCUAGAGACUACCGUUGAGCUUCUGGAGCAAGUGCAUGCCAUUGGGAAGGCCAGUAGGAAUAUCUUCAGCGCCACUCAGAACUUCUCCGCCUUUAACGGAGAGGAAGACCCGGCCUCGGAUUCCCCGGUGGUCAGCUUCAAGGCCCACCUCAUCAGGCUCAUAGGAAACCUCUGUCACGGCAACGCCAGCAACCAGAACAAGGUAAGGGAACUGGAUGGCAUCCCGCUCAUCUUGGACAACUGCAACAUAGACAGCAACAACCCUUUUAUCAGCCAGUGGGCCAUCUUUGCCAUCAGGAACCUUCUGGAAAACAACCAGCAGAACCAGGAGCUGGUGGCUGCUCUGGAGAGGCGCGGCCCGGUGGACUACUCUGCACUCAGGGAGCUUGGGUUCCUCGUUGAGGAGCGAGAUGGGAGCUUGCUGCUCAAAACCGCGAGGAAAGACUCCUAAAGACGUCAGAAGAUGAAGGUUCUCUCGACCCAUCAGCGGGUUUUAAAGCAGAGCAGCUAAAAGAAUUUGCAUUUACCCAGUAGAGAUGCUUUUACUCACAAUACUUAAAACAGAAAAGUCUCUACAAUGAACUUUUCUACCUCUCCAAAGUUAUUCCACAUUGACUGAAACCCUACGAGGUCUGCAUGCUAUAGACACAGAUGUCAGGAGCUCCAAGUGUGGGGAAUGAGGAGUCGGUGAGUGGCAAACACAUCCUGGCACCUCUCCGAGACGCCGAUGUUUUGUGGUUUAAUCCAAAGACAAGAGCACCGCGGGGUCGAGGCUUUCUGGCUUUUCAAACAUGGUUCGGGUUACCAGCAGGAGCUGGCAUUUAAUCUCAGGCCCAAACGUGGCUUUUUGCCGUUACCAUGAAAGAGAAUGUCUGAAACGUGAUGUAAUCUACCCCCUCGUGGCCUCGCCUAAUUAAAAUAUCAUGGCCGCAGAAUGAAACUCUGCUUAUUAAACCGCUUAAAAUAACUGCGUGUCCGACUAGACCUAUUAUUAGGAUUGUAGGGAGAAAACAUCUAAUCCAUGAAUAAAACUUGAAGCUGUGACUGAGA